UUUUCCGAAAAAGCGUCAUUUUAAUAUUUUUCUUGUUUUUUAGUAAAUAGACAUACAAUGGAUCCUAUGCCAACACCUAGCUCAAGCAGUGGACUUUUACCUCCGGCCAAGAGAACCAAAACUUCUACUACCACCUACAAGAGUUUAACAGCCAAUUCACCUUUACUUCCAGUUGGUUUAGACAUUUCAGGGUAUGAUUUCAAAGUGAAUGAGCCUCCUACCGAUCGCCCAGUUCGUAUCUAUUGUGAUGGUAUUUAUGACUUAUUUCAUUUUGGACACGCCAAAGCAUUAGAACAAGCAAAGAAAUCGUUCCCGGAAGUUUAUCUGCUUGUAGGAGUAUGUAGUGAUGAGGAAACACAUAAACGUAAAGGAAAGACAGUAAUGACAGAUACAGAACGAUAUGAAAGUGUACGUCAUUGUAAAUGGGUGGAUGAAGUUGUAGAAGCAGCACCGUGGUUUGUAAAUCAAGAGUUUCUUGAUAAGUAUCAAAUUGAUUAUGUGGCUCAUGAUGCCGAACCUUACCAAUCCUCGGAAUCAGGUGAUGUGUAUGCUUUUGCAAAAGCACAAGGCAGAUUCUUGCCUACACAACGUACAGGAGGCAUAUCAACAUCAGAUUUGAUCACAAGGAUUGUCCGUGAUUAUGAUUCUUAUCUUCGUCGAAAUCUGGAGCGUGGUGUCAGUGCUAAAGAGCUCAAUAUUUCUUUCUUAAAGGAACGAGAAAUCAAGACAAAAAAGCAUAUUGAUGAUCUAAAGAAACAAAUCAAAUCGGUUGUGAUGGAACAUUUGGGUACUUGGGAAGAUCAGUCUCAUAAUUUCAUUCGCGGAUUUGCUGGUAGAUUUGGUGCUGAAGAUGUUGUGCAAAAAUUCUUGAAUAAGCGAAGAUUGGUUACGGGUGACAAAAGAUCACGUAGUUCCAGUAGUCAAGAUGAUUCGGAUUCUUCCUCUAUGAGUGCUCACUCCAAUGAAACACCUAUUUAAAACUUAAUACCCCUUUUCCCCCUUUUCCCUAUUUUUGCUUUUUAUUUUUGCAUACAACAUAAAGAUCUGGUCUCGAAGAUGCAUCACUGCCCGUUGUUUCUACUUUCUCCAAUUUUAAUAAACUAAAAAAAACCAAAAUUUUACAUGUAAAAUAAGCAUAAAGGAUUGAAUACUAAGUGCCAUUCUUCGAGACGAAGUAAUUGAUUUCUAAUCAACUUUUGUAUGAUAAUAUCUAC